UUUUUCUCAAGUCCAUUAUCAAUGAUUUCGUUUCAUUGAUUAUAGAUGUCACCAUCAUCAAUGUGUUUGAUGAGACAAAUACUCCAACAAGCAAUCAACCAAAAACAACAGCAUUAGAGUUUAAUCCGUCUGAAACAUCCAACAAACCAAACAAACAAUAAUUCAAAUGGCUCUUUCUCAUGUUAUCGUGUUCUUGUUGUUAGUUACUCCUUCCUUUAAGAUGGUUCAAGGAUUCCGUUUCAGAAAUACAGAAAGUUAAUAACUUUAAUAAAAAGUGAGAAAAAAAAAUCUUAAAAAAAUGCAUCACUUGGAAAAGGAAGUGAUGCAUUAAUGUUUUUUUGUGACAACCACCGUUCUUAUCAGUGCUCCAGUUCCAAUAUAUUCACGUAGUGGUUUCCAACACACACACAGUUUGAUUACUGCUUUUGAGUGUUUCCUUUCAACAUGGUGAAUCCCACUGUGCCUUGGAAGGCCCCUGAGGUUGAAAAUGAUGACGAUUUUAGAGUUCAUGUGUUCUCUUCCUCAUCCGAGUUGCUUGAAAAGCUUCACGAAAAAUGGAGUUCAGUGGAGAAACAACCAUACCCUGCUAUGUAUUCAAGUAUUUUUGGAGGUAUCACACUUGAUCCAGCAAUGAUGGUAAUCCCCCUCGAUGAUCACAUGGUACACAGAGGGCAUGGUGUGUUUGAUACAUCCAUUGUUCUAGAUGGAUACCUGUAUGAAUUGGAUGUUCACCUUGAUAGAUUCCUGCUAUCAGCCUCCAAAGCAAAGAUAUCCUCUCCCUUUUCUCAAUCAACGCUUCGCAGCAUUAUCAUACAACUGACUGCAGCAUCAAAAUGCAAGAAGGGAACUCUAAGAUUUUGGCUGAGUGCAGGUCCCGGUGAUUUCUCACUGUCAUCAGCAGGGUGUCCAACAUCUGCAUUCUAUGCAGUAGUGAUUGACCAUGAUUUUUCCCAAUGCAAAGAGGGAGUUAAAGUGAUUACUUCCAACGUGCCAAUGAAGCCUCCUCUAUUUGCCACAGCUAAAAAUGUGAAUUAUCUGCCAAAUGUCCUUUCAGUGAUGGAAGCUGAAGAGAAAGGAGCAUCUUCUUCUGUAUGGGUUGAUGACGAAGGUUAUAUUGCUGAAGGUCCAAAUGUGAAUGUUGCUUUCAUAACACAAGACAAAGAACUUGUCAUGCCUCCUUUUGAUAACAUCCUACAUGGUUGCACUGCAAAAAGGCUUCUUCAACUCGCACCCAGGUUGGUUGAUCAAGGGCUCCUGAAAGGUGUAGCAACUAAAAAAAUAUCUUUGGAGGAAGCUAAAGCUGCUGCUGAAAUGAUGUAUGUGGGAAGCACACUUCCUUUGUUGCCUAUCAUAGAGUGGGAUGAUCAACCGAUUGGCAAUGGAAGUGUUGGAGAAUUAACAAUGGUACUUUCAAAUUUGCUGUGGGAUGAUAUGGUAACUGGCUCUGGCACACAGAGAAUACCUGUGCCUUACGUUUAGUGAACCUUCAAACUCAUCAGAUCAAAGUCUGGCAACAGCUUUCUUAAAUUUAUGCGUCGCGUUGUCGUUGCAGAGAUCUACCAAGAGGUUUCUCUUUGUAUUGCUUUAUGUAUUUUAAGUGUGAACACUGAACAAGUGAAGCAGCAGCUGUUUCCUGCUACACAAAAUUUACGUAGCAGAUAAAUAGUCCUUGAACUGUUUCACACUGUUGUAUUGUACUGAUAAUAAUAGCUUUGAUUUUUCCA